CCGCGAUAAUAGAGGCCUCGCAACGAGGCGAGGAAAGAAAGGCGCGGUCGCAUACGAUGAUAAUAACGCGUCACCUUACUUGCCCGCAUUUAUCGGCUUGCACUUUGCAGUGUGGGCUUGUCAACGGUGACUACGUCAGGUAGUGUCAAAGGUGUUCACGCGAUACGUGCGUGAACACCAUAUCCGUGUGUAUUUCGAUAUAUGGGACUGUAUUUCUUCGCAAGAUGUCGCCGGCGAUCGGAUGGGAUGUGGGAGGGGACGGACGAACGCGACUAUAAAUGGUACCAACCGGCCGUUCUCCAGGAACACAAAACACAGAGCCGACGCCCGGCCCGGGUCCCUCACUCCUGGGAGCGAGUACUGGCACGCAGCAGCGCUCUUUUUAUUGGGAGGAAGGUGUGUGGGAGUUCGACGAAGGAUACACGCCCCUGGAUCGUCAUGAGAGGCCUGAUUUUUCUGCUCGCCACGGCGGUGACCUGUAGGGCCGCAUACGUCGGCUCGUCCCCAUACGGCGGUCCCCUGAUUCAUCAACAGGGGCCGACCUACGCGCCGCCCGCUCCGGUCGGCGAGGACGGCAAUGUCAUCGACACACCGGAAGUGGCGCAGGCAAAGGCCGCGCACUUCGCCGAAUUCGCAAGAGCCGCGGCCCGCGCGGCCCAAGCGCCGGACAAGGACCAACAACACCUGUCCAAUUACAAUUCGCAUCCGAUCUCGUCGCCCGCGUACAGCUAUCAAGCCGCACAGCCGACCGCGGUGCCUUAUCUGAAGCAGGCCAGCUAUCAGCAGCCGACUCCGAUCUAUCAAACGGCCAAUCAUGUGUCGGCGCCUGUCUACUCUUCGGCAAAUUAUCACCAGCCACCCCAGUACGACCCACGGUCUAACUUCGUGGGUCAGAAGGGCUACGCGCUGCCGGCGAAAACCACCACCUUCGUACCGGCACCGCUGGCCGACGACGGGACGGUCUUGGACACACCGGAAGUGGCGGCCCUGAAAGCAGCCAGACUGGCCGAGCUCGCCGAGGCGGAGGCCCGGGCUUACAAGCACGCGAGCGAACAUCCGAACGAGAACCAAGGUCAAGCUUAUUCUGGAUCACCGGCCGGCCCCGCUCCCAUCAGCCUGGGGCACUACGGUGGUUCGCGGGCGUUCCCGGGAUCCUCGUAUCCAGGAGCUCAGCCUUACGCCACGCAGCAGGUGUACAAUCCGACGUCGGGUUUCCAGCCUCAUCACUUUCAGUCCCAACAUCUGAUAGGGAGCUUCGAUCGAGCAAUGAAGUCUUUGAUCUUUUUAGUCGUCGCCAUUGCCGCAACUUUGGCUACGCCGACGUAUUAUCAAUAUCACGGACCACCGGCGCCCAUAGGUCACGAUGGGAGGGUGGUGGACACGCCGGAAGUAGCGCAUGCCAAAGCGGCGCAUCUUGCCGCCGUGGCGGAAGCUGCCGCGAGGGUUCCGCACGGCGUGGUUCCCUACGCGGAAAACCAGGACUAUCACGGAUAUGUGAAACCCGUAUCGGUCGGUCAUCAGAUGUACCACAGCGGAUACGGAUAUCACGGGCCGCCUGCCCCGUUAGAUCACGACGGUCGCGUAAUAGACACACCGGAAGUGGCCCGAGCGAAAGCCGCGCAUCUGGCGGCUUACAAUCACAUUGCCUCCUCGAGACCUGUCGCGUACGAUCAUUCGCAGAUUUACAAGCCACCGGUUUACAGCCACGACGGCUAUUACGGCGACUCCCAGUCUCACGACGACGGGGCAAUUAACGGUUACGAUGACGAUUACUGAUUUUGUCAGCCAGAGGAACGCGCCAGGUGCGAGCUGACACUUUCGCGGCCAAUUGGCAACGACGCGCUGACAAAAUUUAAUGGAAUUGCGAAACUGAACUCUGCCGGCGCAGUAUUGCGCGAUUGGAAAACGCAUGGAAUUGCGCGUUCCUCAAUUUGAUACGGACAGUAGUUUGUUAUACAAUGCGUUUGAGUUUCGUGAUACGAUACGUAAAUGAUUUGCAGCUUGCAUCAUCAGCUUUCAGGCUGAACCGCAAGAUUCACGUACCGGUUUCGCGAGGUCUUAUCUAAGACGUAUUUUAGCUUGUAAGAAAUACAAAGCAUUCCACUGCUACUGAUUUCUUGUUUCAUUACAAUGGCAUACUCCCAGUACCGCUUUGUUUUCAAUGAAUAAAAUACUCUCUUUUUCAGCUGCGAUUAAAUCGUACAAAAAUUAACUUAUGCAAUAUAUAUAGUGUCUUAAAAAGAAAUUUCAACACACGUAUUUAUACAUAGUUAUUCUAAUAAUAAUAGAAUUUUUAUAAUUCCGUUACUACAUGUAAUAUUGCUACUAUUUUGAAAAAUCGCGUUUAAUAACAUUGUGCGAAAUUAUGAUUGUUAAUUUAGAUUUUGUUAGACAGAACAUUGGACAAGACGUAUCUUUUUAAGCGACAUCGGUGUUAUAAUUUUACGAUGUCAAGAAGAAAAGGCGUGAUUUGAAGAGAUAUAUCUCGAUACGCUAUAUAAAUAAAUCGUUUGAGAACCGACGUAUGCAACAGGCAUGCCCGUCAACAUCCGUCUGCGGCCUCACGAGCUGGCUGGCAGCACACCUCGUCGUCUUUUUGCGCUCGCGAAGCGUAUCGCGAGAAAUGAUUGAUCCGAUCACUUAACCGCCCCUUCUCCUCCCCCCGAACCCCCAUUCCGCAUACAUCGCAGUCGAAUUCGAUUCAAGGUUCGCAACAUUUCACACGGCGACUCCGAUACCCCUCGGUUUCAUAUUUUACAACGUCGACGUCACUUGCAAUAUCGAUAUACCUCUCUCGAGUAACUAAAAAAAAAAAA